CCUGGAAGCCAUGCGGACACUGGACGUUACAUCAUAAACUUCUUUUCUUUCUGCGGUGUAUCUACAAUUUGCCAUUCCAAAUAACUUUGCAUAGACAUUUAAUAAGUUACAGUUCAAACAUUUUCUCAGUAACAUGUCAAAACUUUUCAAUGCAUUAGGAACAAUCGGCCUUGGCCUGGCUGUCGGAGCUAGUGUUGUGAAUACGGCACUCUACAAUGUCGAUGGUGGACACAGAGCUGUGAUAUUCGACAGAUUCCGAGGAGUACAAGAAAAAGUGAUCGGAGAAGGGACACAUUUUAUGAUUCCAUGGGUACAGAAACCAAUCAUUUUUGAUAUUCGUUCCAGGCCUAGGAAUAUAGCAGUGGUCACAGGAAGCAAAGAUUUACAGAAUGUUAACAUUACACUCAGAAUUCUGUUCCGACCAGUAAGUGCCAAUCUUCCUAAAAUUUACACAAAUCUUGGACUUGACUACGAUGAAAGAGUUCUCCCAUCAAUCACUAAUGAAGUUUUGAAAGCUGUGGUGGCCCAGUUUGAUGCCAGUGAAAUGAUUACCCAGAGAGAGGUUGUGUCAACAAAGGUCAGAGAAGAAUUGACAGACAGGGCACAACAGUUUGGCGUAGUCCUUGACGACAUUUCUCUGACACAUCUCACAUUUGGCCGAGAAUUUACACAAGCUGUAGAACAGAAACAAGUUGCCCAACAGGAUGCCGAAAGAUCAAGAUAUCUUGUAGAAAAGGCGGAGAUGAACAGGGAGGCAGCAGUUAUUCAGGCCCAGGGUGACUCCGAAGGAGCUGAACUGUUAGCAAAAGCCUUCAAAAGUUCAGGGGAGGGCUUGAUCGAGUUACGUAAACUGGAGGCUGCCGAGGAAAUUGCAUACCAAAUGUCCCAGUCUAGAAAUGUGACCUAUUUACCAUCGGGUCAACAGACAUUGUUAUCUCUACCACAGUAACCACCAACUUAAGAAGAGAAAAAACAUUAUUAGAACAUUGUUUAUCUGUGUUAAAAGAAACCAUUUCAUUUGUUUGUGAAAAAAUACAUUUGAGAUGUAUUCAGAGACUUCGAUGUAUAAGUGGAUAUUUUGAAGACAAAACUAUGUUCAAAUACACUUCUGUAGUGUGUUGUUUGUAUGUUUUAAUAUCUUUAGUUCUGAUAACUUUGGUAUGAUAAAAACUAGGUAUCGUCCAAUGUUUGAUGUCAAGAUGAACAGCUGAUACACAAACUACCUGGUAAGCUUGUGUAUAAUGACUAGGAAGUAAAAUUGAGAACAAAAUAAGAAAUUUAUAAUAAAAAUUCAGAACUGAUGUUAUUAAUAUAUAUAAAAAAACAAAUGAUUAUGAUCUUUAUAAAACAAUAUAUUAGAUAACAUCAUUGUAAUUGAAUGAAUGUGUGUGUGAUUUGUAAUUCUCGUCAAGAUUCCUGAAUAAAAGGCGAUAGAUGAUA